CAAACACCCAUACCCCGAGCCACUCUUGAUCCUCCUUGGAGCCUUCCCUGGCAGGGACUUAAUGCGCAACGACCGACAACGGGACGGUUGCUCCAAGUAGAAUCCCUAGAGUGGCUUGGCCUGACAUUGGAGUGAGACUUCAGCCCCAGGCUGGGGUUCUUUCAAUUUAGAGGAGACGGAUUCAGAGGGGCUACAGACCAAGAUUGUUGAAAACCAGACAUAUGAUGAGCGUCUAGAGAUUAACGACUCUGAAGAGGUUGCAAGUAUUUAUACUCCAACCCCAAGACACAGAGGACUUUCUCAUUCUGCUCAUCUUCCUAACAAGACUAUGGCUGACAACAGCAGUGAUGAAUAUGAAGAAGAAAAUAACAAGGUCCUAAGUGAGGGCAUGCCACAGGUUCCAAGCCACAGAGGCAAAGACAUGGACCCCAUCCCAACUGCCUCUGCAAGCCCCAAGCAUCACCACACCCUUUCUCAUGGACUUGAGAGGGUGGGAUGGUACAUAGAAAACCAGAAACUCAGAAAGGAGAAGAAGGCCUCACAGCUGACACCUAAGAGGGGCUUCAGUGAGAAUGGUGAUGACGACGACGACGACGACGACGACGACGACGACGGCGACUCAUCUGAAACGGAUUCUGAUGAAGAUGAUGAUGAGGCGCAUGGAGCCCCUCUGGAAGGGGCAUAUGAUCCUGCAGAUUUUGAGCAUUUGCCAGUUUCUUCUGAGAUUAAAGACCUCUUCCAAUAUAUCAAUAGGUAUACACCUCAGUUGAUUGAGCUGGACCACAAACUGAAACCUUUCAUUCCUGAUUUUAUCCCAGCUGUCGGGGAUAUUGAUGCAUUCUUAAAGCAACAUAUGAAAGUAAAGAGCCUGGAAGAUGCAGAAAAGAAUCCCAAAGCCAUUGACACAUGGAUUGAGAGCAUCUCUGAGUUACAUCGUUCUAAGCCCCCUGCAACUGUGCACUAUACUAGGCCCAUGCCUGAUGUUGACAUGCUGAUGCAGGAAUGGUCCCCAGAGUUUGAAGAGCUUUUGGGCAAGGUGAGCCUGCCCACGGCAGAGAUUGAUUGCAGCCUAGCAAAGUACAUUGACAUGAUCUGCGCCAUCCUAGACAUCCCUAUCUACAAAAGUCGGAUUCAGUCCCUCCACUUGCUCUUUUCCCUCUACUCGGAAUUCAAGAACUCACAGCAUUUUAAAGCUCUAGCUGAAAGCAAGAAAGCAUUCACCCCUCCAUCCAACUCUACCUCCCAAGCUGGAGAUGCAGAGACUUUAACCUUCAGCUGAGACACCUCCCAGGUCACUUCACUCUGUUUCAAGGCUGAGCAGCCUCCUCUAUCUCAGCUGAGAAGAAGAGAUUGUUAUCAGCCACCUGAUGUCCUUGCCUGUGACACAGCUUGUCCUACUACCCUCUCUGCCAGAAAGCACUGCACGUCUUUGUUAAAUGACUUCUGCCUGUCCUGAUUUCCUUCCCAUGGGAAUUGUGCAUCUCUGCCACUGGGCACUUGAGUUAGAAGAAUUGGAUUUCUGGGAUCCCAGUAUGCUCAAGUUAGGAGGAAACUUUAAAAGAUGUUCUUUUUCAGGUAGCAAUGGAAUUAUUUUCUUUCAUUCUUAAAAUUAGUUGGCAAAGAUUUUACAAAUAAAAUACUCAUAUCUUU